AUGACAACACUUUUUGAUAUUGCUUUAUAUGCACUGUUUUAUACUGGCAUCAUAAUGCGACAUACUAUGGGUAAUACGCCACAUUUAUUAACGGCUGCAAGGAUUAUUAUGGCUAUUGAUUUGGAAUUGUGGUAUUUACGAUCGUUGAAAUUUAUGAUUUCACAUAGCUAUCUUGGACCUAAACUUCUAAUGAUUAAAACUAUGACACGAGAUUUGAUCACUUUCUUAUAUAUCAUAUUUGUAUUUAUUACUGCUUAUGGUGUUGUUUCACGCGCGAUGAUCAUGCAUAACAAAAUCGAUUUCAGUCUCUAUAGCAUAUUCAGUGAAAUACUUUAUCCUCCCUAUUCAUUUUUAUUUGGUGGUAGUGAUAAAGUUCUCGAGGAAAUGAGUGAAAAUAAAAACGGAACUUACAUUGCAGAAAUAACUGCUACACAUGUUUUGUUAGCAAUGCAUAUGCUAUUUAUUAGUGUACUUAUGUUGAAUCUUCUUAUUGCUGUAUUUGGUUUUACAAUAAACAACGUUCAAGAUAAUACAACAUUUCAUUGGCAAUAUCAACGAUAUCAAUUGAUAUGUGAAUAUUUCGAAAAACCUCUGUUCUCAUAUCCACCACUGAUUAUUUUACCACAUAUGUGGUUCUUGGUAACACGUAUGUUCUAUGCAAUCACAAAGUCCCGUAAUUAUUAUCGCAGUAAUUACGGUGAUGGAGGAUUUCAGCAAAUGAAAGAAAAAGUUUUCAAAAUAAUUCCAAAGAACAAAACAUUAAUGAACUACCGUUGGGAUUACUUUGAACAUGAAGCAACGAAAACCUAUGCAAGAUCAUUGUUACAAAAUGGAUUUGUUGUGAACUCAAGUCCUACAAUUGAUACGAUACAUGAUGACAUUCAGCAAUUACGAUCAGUUGUCGAACAGCUUCGGACAUCAUCAAUGAAGAAACUAUGA